AUGGGUCUCGCGUAUAACGUCUACCUCACUUCCAAUAAGAUCUUUGGAUGCAGGCAGUGCAAGACGCACCUUGCGGAUUAUGACGAUAUCAUCAGCAGAAACUUCCGUGGCCAGCAUGGCAAAGCAUAUCUAUUCAACAACGUCGUCAACAUCACACAAUCCGAAGCGGUGGAGCGUAGCAUGACCACUGGGAGGCAUGUCGUUCGAGACAUCGCUUGCAGACAAUGCAGGGAAACGGUAGGGUGGAAGUAUGACAAGGCGUAUGAGACCAGCGAGAAGUACAAGGAGGGCAAAUUCAUCCUGGAAGAAGAACUUUUGUGCGUGGUGUGCUAA